AUGCCAUUGAUGUACAGGAAUAUUACGCGAAUGAGCUACUGUGUUCAUCGAUAUAUUCAUGCGACUGCUGUUAAUAAUAAAGCAUUUAAUUACGCCAGCAGAGAAGGUAAAUUCAUGAGAAAAAUAGUUUCAAAUGAAUUACCAAAAAGAAAAUGGUAUCCUGAGAAAAGUGAAAAAAUAGCUUCAUCACUUCCAAGCUCUGCGCAAAAAUUAGUGAGUCCACAUGUCACUCGACGAGUAAAAGUUUUAAAUAAACUUUUUAUGAAGUACAUAACAGAUAUAAUGACUACUGGAGAAGUAGCAGCAGAUGUAGUAGGACUUGGAAUUGAAAUCACUCAAGUAAAAAUAUCAAAUGAUUUUCAAAUAGUAAGAGUGCUAUGGUAUUCGUAUAAUACAGGUAAUUUAGAUCAAAUAACUGACAUAUUAAAUGGAACUGCAUACAAAUUACGACACGAACUAUCUCAGUUAAAAAUUAUUGGUGUCGUUCCUCCAAUAAAAUUUGUCAGAGAUAAACAACGGACAGUUAUGGCUCAGCUUGAAAAAGUAUUUGAGAAUGCUGACUAUGGUGAAGAUUAUGUACGAACUGUACGUACAGCUCCUACGCCUGAAUUGUCAUUAUUUACCAAAUUAUCUGAUGAAGUUCGUGAAAAAAUCUUGAAUAUUGAUAGUUCUUAUGUAAAUAGUUAUGAAGAAAAUGUUGGCGAUGAAAUCCGUUAUGACGAAAUGUAUGAUGUAGACUUACCACCGAUGCGAUCUGAUGUACUCGGCUUAAAUCAAGGAAUUAUCAUGACUCAGGCAAGUAUUGAUUUAAUAAAGCAAUCACUAAAUAAAAGUAAAGACGCAAUAAAGAAUAGGCUAGAAAAUGUAACAACCGAUAGACCCGAAAAAGUAUAUACAUUUAAUCCAUCAAGUAUUCAAACAAUACGAACAGAGGAAGAAAUUCAAGCUUUUAAUGAUUUCUUAAUAAAAAGACGUGUUGAAGAAAAACGCUCAAAAAAAUUAAAUUUGGAUCCUUAUAAUGAAGAUGAUAUUGAUUUUCACGAAAAUACAGAAGAGGAUCAAGUUGAUGAUAAUGAAUACUUCAAUUUUGAUAGAUUCGAUGAUACCAGUGAAAAAGAAUUACAUUAA